AUGGCCUCCCCCGAAGUCCACCACCUCUUUCACCACCCCAUUGCGGACCACUCCUUCUCCGCCGACCACUCCACCCUCGCAGUAGCCCGCGACAACAAUGUCGAGCUCUACGCCCGCUCUGCCAACCGCUUCGCUCUCAAGGACGAGCUAAAGGGCCAUGACAAGACGGUCACUGGUGUCGACAUCGCCCCUAACAGUGGCAUGAUCGUCACCUGCUCGCAAGACCGCAAUGCCUAUGUCUGGGAACAAACUCCCUCCGGGUGGAAACCCACCCUCGUCCUCCUACGCAUCAACCGCGCGGCCACCUUCGUGCGGUGGUCUCCCAACGAGAAGAAAUUCGCCGUCGGCUCCGGCGCCCGCCUGAUUGCCGUGUGCUACUUUGAGGAAGAGAAUGACUGGUGGGUUUCAAAACACCUAAAGAAGCCCAUCCGCAGCACGAUCACGACGCUUAACUGGCAUCCGAACUCGGUUCUGCUCGCGGCCGGCAGCACUGACAGCCACGCGCGCGUCUUCUCGGGCUUCAUCAAGGGCAUCGACGAGCGGCCCGAGCCCAGCGUGUGGGGAGAGCGCCUACCCUUCAACACCGUGUGCGGUGAAUACCUCAACGAUGCGGCCGGCUGGGUGCACAGCGUAUGCUUCUCGCCCUCCGGCAACGCGCUCGCCUUCUCCAGCCACGACAGCAGCAUCACCGUCGUCUACCCGUCCGGCCCGGAGCAGCCACCCAACGCCAUGAUCAACAUCUCCACCCAGCUCCUGCCCUUCAACUCAUUGAUCUGGAACGGCGAGACGGAGAUCAUCGCCGCAGGCUACGACUGCGAGGCCUUCCGGUUUCAAGGCAACGAAUCCGGCUGGCAGAUCGCGGGGACGGUGGAGACGCAGCGCGGGCCCGGCAUCGCCAAGGAGGAGAGCGCGCUGCAGAUGUUCAAGCAGAUGGACCUGAAGGGCAAGAGCAACAAGAACGACACGCAGCUCAACACCACGCAUCAGAACACCGUCAACACCGUGCGCAUCUACCAGGGCAAUGCGGGUGGGGUGCAGAAAUUCAGCACCAGCGGCGUUGAUGGGCGAGUCGUGAUUUGGGAUGCCUGA